AUGGAGAUGUCUCUGAAAAAUCCGCCAUAUGCUUUAUCCUCCUCGUCGUCUCGGCAGUCGCUUCAAAAAGACGCUCCUGGGCCUGAUACGGCCUCAACGCGGCCAGGUGAUCGACACUCCAGAUGGCAACUGCCAGAGUCACGAUUUGCGGACGAAACUAAUCAACUGCCAGUGUCAGUCGCAUCCCCAUGCCGAGAUGAAAACGCGGACCACACCGAAGGCCAGCCCGAAGAAGGCCAAGAUGAACACACAUCCCACCCCGCUUUUCAGCCCUUCUUCACGUUGAUCGAAGACGCCCAUACCUCCGAUUACUACCACCCAACCGUCCAUUACAUAUUCUCCGACGAUGACAGCGACAUAGUGACCGAGGCAGCAUUGCGCAGCUUAUAUGCACAGCAAGAAUCUCUCUCCGAUUCCAAAAAGGAGCAGAUCGCACACAACAACGCUUCCCCCUACGAUGAGACCAAAGACCCUUCAGACUCUGUCCCGGCUAAGACAACCCUGCUACCACCAUCCGUGCCAGGUGUGUGGGAGAACUAUAUAGUCUUAGACAUAGAGCCCACUCCCACGGCAGAGCCACAGGACCCCAUUCUUGAACAGCUUGCACCAGGCAAAACCGAUUACAAGUCUCUGUCUUCCUCACCGGCCAACCAGCCCACAAUAUCACAAGAUGGGCAGCAUCAGUACCGUGUGAUCGGGGAACAGAGUUUCUCAUCGACAUGGCAAGUCCUCAACACCGAAGUCAUGGCAGCACCAACAUUCGAAAACAGCAAUCCGGGUGAAUUACCAGGACAUGGCUUGAUGUUGAAGAUUCGUGGUACUGCCGGUCUUCCUGAUCAGAGAACAGCAAAUGGGGAGGGCAGGGGAGGGCAAAGACUUGAAGAGAUGAUGGACCAGUUCGCGAAGCGGAUGAGUGAGCUGCAGGUUGUGAUUGAUGCGGCAGAGACUGCGAGCAUCAAUGCAUGCGCGGAGGGAGAAGAAGUAGAGCAUCCCGUAUCCUCGGAUGCAGUCGAAGCCACUCAGCAACAUACCGUCGCAGUGGGGGCGGAACAGACUUGA